AUGUCUACGGAGUUGGAGCUGCCCUUUCGGCCGGACAACCAGCUGACUGAGGUGAUGCGCCUGCGGGUUCAGUCCUUGCAGCAGCGAGGCCAGAAGAGGCAGGAAGGUGAACGCCUGCUGCUGCCCAACGAGGCUGUUUACCGACUGGACUUCUCGAAACAGUCCCUCCGAUUCUCGCGGUGGACGGUGUGUCUGGCUCAGGCAGGACGCGUCACCAUCACGGCCACCUCACAGCUCUGGACGCCUGACCUCACCAACCUGAUGACACGUCAGCUGCUGGAGCCCGCCGGGGUUUUCUGGAGGGCGCCGGGGGAUGCCAGCGAUGCUCCUGUUCAGUGCUACGAGGCUGACGCAUAUGAGUUUGGCGAGAGGAUCGCUGAGCUGGCUAAGGUAAGGAAGGUGAUGUACUUCCUGUUUGCAUUUGCAGAAGGCUGCAGCCCUGAGACUGUCGACUGCUCCAUCACCUUCACGGUGGAUAGCUGA